UCAAUCCCCAGCUGCAUAGCCAAAGCACCAACAAUACAAACACACAAGCUAAGCUAGCAGCAACCCAAGAGAAACAGAAAAGAUGGCCUCCUCCUCUUCCUUCCUUCUCCUAGCCUCUCUUCUUGCGAUGGUCUCAUGGCAGGCCAUUGCCUCCGAUCCAAGCCCACUCCAAGAUUUCUGUGUCGCUGAUAAGGACUCUCCAGUGCUUGUCAACGGGUUUGUUUGCAAGAACCCGAAGGACGUAAACGCGAAUGAUUUCUUCAAGGCAGCCGAACUUGACAAGCCUAGGAUGACCAACAAGGUUGGAUCCAACGUCACUUUGAUCAAUGUGAUGCAGCUCGCUGGCCUCAACACCCUUGGCAUCUCAAUAGCUCGCAUCGACUAUGCACCUUUGGGCCAGAACCCUCCGCACACGCACCCCCGUGCCACGGAGAUCCUCACGGUGCUUGAGGGGACACUCUAUGUCGGCUUUGUCACGUCCAACCCAAACAACACGCUCUUAUCCAAGGUGCUCAACAAAGGAGACGUGUUUGUGUUUCCUGUGGGGCUCAUCCACUUCCAAUUCAACCCCAACCCACAUGUGCCAGCAGUUGCAAUUGCUGCACUUAGCAGCCAGAACCCAGGAGCCAUCACAAUUGCCAAUGCAGUGUUUGGGUCUAAGCCGCCGAUCUCAGACGAUGUUUUGGCCAAGGCAUUUCAAGUGGAGAAGGGGACAAUAGACUGGCUUCAAGCUCAAUUCUGGGAGAACAACCACUACUGAGUAAAACAUUGAGAAAUCGAUUACACGAGAAAAAGGAUGUUUUAAUUUUUACCUAUUAAUGUUAAGCUAUAAAAUAAAUGGCACAUAUGUCAUGCGAGUGAGUGUGUAUCUAUGAUAUUUCCAAAUGUAUUUCUACUUUUGAAUAAUUGUGAAUGUGGGUUUUUAUGAGAU